AAAAAUUAAUACACUCGUUUGUGAGUGUCUGCUUCAAUAAUCGACUUUCUUAAAACAACUGAUUGUUCUUCAUGUGUAAUUGAGAUUUCUCGGCAAUCGCUGUUAUUAUUCUCUUGCAAAACUUCGACUUCAGAGUCAAUAUAGAGUCGGCAAUUUCAAAAUAGUUGUUCAUCGUUCCUCAAAGAAACAACUAAUCUACAAUUUCUUCCAACGAAAAGUGGUUAUCAAAUCGUCAUUUGAUCCGAAUUCAUACGAUUUCACCUACCAUUGGAUGAAUACGAACCAAAAGGAAGCUAUGGCGGCAGAGAAUCAAGUCAGCUCAACAGAAGUAAAGGCGAAUGGAGUUUGUAAAGGUUUAAUGUCUGAACAAAGAACUGAGCAAGAGGUUAUCAAUCUAUUGCAGAGCAAGUGUUCGAAGCAUAGGUAGAACUUGUUAAAAUGGAAAACACUUGGCAAACUGCAGAUUGAAAAUGUGUAAGAAUAAUAAGUACUUGUUUGAACUGUAAAGAUAAAUGUAAAUGAAAACUGGAAAACCAAAGUCUA